AUGGCUAGACAGAUAAGCUAUUUGAACUGGUUUUGGUACCACAGAAACUACUUCAUCAUUUUCCUUACUCCGCUCCUACUUCUUGCUCUGCCGCUCCACUUUCGAAUUUCCUUGGCGAGAUGUGGUUUUGCAAUCGCCCUCAUGGCUGUGUACUGGUGCACAGAGUGUAUGCCGCUGGCUGUGACUGCUCUGCUGCCGGUCGUCCUCUUCCCCAUGAUGGGCAUCAUGGAAGCUGGAGAUGUCAGCAUUGAGUAUCUGAAGGACUCCAACAUGCUGUUCAUAGGCGGCCUGCUGGUGGCCAUCGCCGUGGAGCACUGGAACCUCCACAAGCGCAUCGCUCUCCGAGUUUUGCUGCUGGUUGGUGUUCGUCCUGCCCUGUUAAUGAUGGGCUUCAUGAUCGUCUCGGCCUUCUUGUCCAUGUGGAUCAGCAACACCGCCACCAGUGCCAUGAUGCUGCCCAUUGCCCACGCCGUGCUCCAGCAGCUGAGAGACACGGAGAUCCAGGCGGACGAAAGAGACUUGCAGGCUUCAGCUCAGGACAACCCUGGGUUUGAGCUCGAGAUGAGAGAAACUAAGCCACAAAUGACAGAUGAGAACAAGCCAGACAUGGAGCUAGUAGAUGGACAGAAUGCCAGGAGAAGAGCAACAGAGGCGAAGUACGAGCUCCUGACCAAAGGGAUGAGUCUGAGUGUGUGUUACUCUGCCAGCAUCGGAGGGACGGCGACGCUCACCGGCACCACACCCAACCUCAUCCUCAAGGGUCAAAUGGACGAGAUCUUCCCUUUCAACGGUGGUGUGAUCAACUUCGCCAGCUGGUUCGGCUUUGCUUUUCCCAACAUGUUGCUGAUGCUGGUGUUCAGCUGGAUCUGGCUUCAGUUUAUGUUCCUGGGCUUCAACCUGAAGAAAUCUUUCGGCUGUGGCAUGAAGAGCGACAGAGAUAAGGAAGCGUAUGCUGUGAUGAAGGAGGAGUACAAUAAGUUGGGUUCCAUGAAGUUUGCUGAAGUGGCGGUGCUCAUCAUCUUCAUCCUGCUCGUGCUGCUGUGGUUCACCAGGGAGCCGGGCUUCAUCGACGGCUGGGCAACGGUGCUCUUCAACAAGGGUGGAUCCUUUGUGUCAGACGGAACGGUCGCCAUCUUCAUAUCGAUGUUCUUCUUCGUCAUCCCCUCCCAGCUGCCACGGUUCAGUGGUGACUAUGGUCUGCUGAAGGCUCCCCCGGCUCUGCUGAACUGGGAGGUGGUCCACGAGCGAAUGCCCUGGAACAUCAUCCUGCUGCUGGGAGGAGGCUUUGCUCUGGCUGCCGGCAGCGAGGCGUCCGGUCUGUCCAGGUGGUUGGGAGAUAGGUUGGCACCUCUGCAGACAAUCCCUCCCUUUGCCAUCUCAAUGCUGCUCUCCUUCCUGGUCGCGACGUUCACCGAAUGCUCCAGCAACACGGCCACCACCACCCUGUUCCUGCCCAUACUGGCCUCAAUGGCCACAGCCAUUAAAAUCCACCCACUUUAUGUGAUGCUGCCCUGCACCAUCGCUGCCUCUCUGGCCUUCAUGCUGCCGGUGGCCACACCUCCCAACGCCAUCGCCUUCUCCUUUGGAAACCUCAGAGUCAUAGACAUGGUCAAAGCUGGCUUCAUGCUGAACAUCAUCGGGAUCCUGAGCAUUAAUUUAGGCAUCAACACCUGGGGGUACACCAUGUUUGGGAUGGACACGUUCCCUGCGUGGGCAAACUCUACUAGUAGCAAACCCUGAGGAAAAGCUAGAGGAGGAGAAAGAAUGAAUGAAGGAGAGGUGGAUUUUUUUUAUUUUGUAACCUCGGAUAUUCUGCCUCAUCAGGACAGUGUA